AGCAUGGUGAAGUGAGUUUCGUUGUUUUAUAAACACGUGCACGUCGUCUCUGUUGACGCAUGAGGCGUUCCGUAUACAAAACCGGUAACUGCCUCGAUGGCAAGCGGUGCGGUGGGGGAAGUUGUUUUGAAUGCGCGACUGGUCAUGAUACCGAGUAUACCGUCUCUUAUUUCGAGAAACACGCGGUAGAGCGAUAUAACCUAACCUAACAUUUUCAACUACGCCAUAGCUACGAAAACGAGACGCGCUUCGAACCAUAUUCUUAUCAAUGCUAAAUGUACUGGUACUCAUUUGAUUUUCGACCGUCGUUUACAGUUGUAAUUCUUUUUUGUCUGUUCGAAUAUCGUGUUAAUUCGUUAAUUACUUACUGCUACUAUGUCUGAACAUCGAACCCCAUACCCUCGUAAAGAUAGAAAACGAUCCCCGCCCAAGAAGUGUAUUUUGUCGUCGGAGCCAUGCGAUGUUGAUAUCUUCGACUCAUUUGAUUCUCAAAUGAAAAUGAUCGAAGACGCGCAGUCGUCCGAACAAUACACCGAUUUAUUCGGUGCAGUUAUUCCAACUGUCGAGCGUAAUACUUCGGCAUCCAAAACCGAAUCGAACCAAAAAACAUUGGUUACUAAAAUCAAGAGAAAACCGAAGAAGAAUAUUGUAUCAAGUAAUUCAUUGAAAAAACCACUACCACAAAGGAUCACAAAAGACAUGAAUGUCUCAAUGGGUAUCACCAAAAAGGCAAGUGAUGUAUCGGCUUUAUCUACCGGAAGUCUAAAUGUCAGUGGUGUACAACGAUUAGAUGAAUCCAUUUCAAAUUUAAACUAUAGUAAAAAUGAAAAAGAGUCUUCUGAAAUCUUAAAAGGAGUUGUUGCAUUUAUGGACUAUAAAAUUAAAAAUGAUCAACUAGUUUUGGAUAUUAUUAAACUCCUCAAUAAACUUGGAGCUAAAGUUGAAAAUACAUUUAAUUACAAAGUAACACAUGUAUUGUUUCAUGAUGGUUCUCUUGAAACGUAUAAAACAGCGAUUGAACGUAAAAUUCCUAUGGUAACAGAAAAAUGGGUUAGAUAUAGUAAUUUAGCCGAGAAAAUGAUGGAUCCUUCCCUCUUUCCACCUGUUGAUAUGGAAAGAUAUAUUAAGGUACAAGAAAAGAGUUUUAUUAUUCCAAAUUGCAAGGAGCAUGAUAAAUCAAUAGGACAAAGUAAUAACGAAAGUAAAAUCAAACCAAGAACCAUGUUUACUGAACUUUCGGAACGAAUUGAUGCUUGCAGAGAGAGAUUCGAAAAAACUUUAAAAACCCCUAAACUAAAAACACCUGUAAAAAAUCCAAAUAAAAUUACGGACGGAUUAUCAGAACAUUUAUACAGUAUGUUAAACGACCCAGACCACAGUAGCACUUUUGAUACAGAAGUAGUCCCUGAAUGUUAUCUACCUCUGUCUAUAAAAAUAUUAAGAAAGUAUGUAAUCCCUGAAGAAACAAAAAAUAAAACACCCUCAGAAAUUAACAGUAAUUUGAUUGGAAUGGAAAAUCACAUGAAAUUAAACCUUCAAGCUAGACAACGGUUACGUAGACUAUUAUUCAGUUCAGAUAAUGAUUUAAAUAACACGAGCCUUAUGACUGAUAUUCCAUCGCUUUCACAAAUCACACGUAUAAAAAAACCAACUAGAAAAAUUAAGGGGAUUGCGUGUACUGGAUUUACUAAAGAGGAAAUAAAAACAUUGAAGCUAUCCAUACAAAGCCUGGGCACAUUUACUUUUCAAACUAAUGUGGAACGUAAAACUAUUCAUUUAAUUACUAAAUCACAGACAGAUCGAACAUUAAAUAUGGUAUAUGCAAUGGCUUAUGGAUGUAACAUAGUUUCCGAAAAUUGGGUACAUGAAUCUCUCAAAAUAGGCAAAUGGUUGUCUCAUUCAGAUUAUUCAAUAUCUGGUUUAUCAAGUCCUGUUAAGGAUUUUCAAUUUCAUUCAACUCUUGAUCCAACUGAAAAAUUUCACAUAUUUGAUGAGGCCGGUAGUAUUUACUUUUCAAACAUUUGUGAUCCAUCAGCUGAUCACUUAAAACGAAUGGUGCGUGCAUGUGGUGGUAAAUGUACCAAAGAUGUGAAUAAAGCUAAUAUAGUGGUUGGUUAUACACCACUAGCGAUCAAUAUGAUGAUUCAUGAAACGUGGGUUCUUGACUGCAUAACCCAAGGAACAUUGCUAGACGAAAACCCAUAUAAAAUAAGAAGAUGUUGAUAAUGAUAUUGAGCCUUAAAAUAUGACAUAUUUACUUGUAUUGUAAAUUAAUUUUCGUUUUUUUAUUUUUUAUU